UAAAUAUUCGACCUGUCAUAGCUCGCCAGGUCCCAGAGCCGGAGCACACUCGGCCAAGGUGUCACCAUCGAUGCUCCGUGUCCUGAAGGAAAACCCUUCUGCAUCGUACUAGCCCAGACCCAGAGUCAUUGAAGGAUGUCGAUGUUACGGCAACAGUCUUAAAGGAUAACGUAGUUUUUCAUAUCAAAAUUAAUCAGAGGAGGAAAGGACCCAUUCAGCAGUUCAGGUCAAGACAUUUAGACAAGAUGAUGAUCACGAGCAAAGAACGAUUCAUCUUCGUGAGCAUCGUGGCCGCUGCCUGUUUUCGGCCUACCAAAGGCGCCUUCGGCAUCCCCGAAUUUCUCGAAAUGGGCCCGUGCUUCAACGCUACGCUGAAAGACGACUUUGACCCUGUUAAGUACCAAGGGGUGUGGUUUGCCGUCCAGAGUGUCCCAAAUGAGUAUGAAAACGCCAAAAGUUGUAAUACCAUGAACUACACUUGGCAUGACGAUAGAAUAGUCUCCGUAGGCCGAGGUUUGAACGAGGAAGGCAAGAAAAUCAAACAAGUCACUGAAAUAAUGGAGGAGUUUGAGUUGCGUGAGCCGCCCCAUCCUGCCUACAUGACAGUCAUAGCGGCUGGUGUUCCAGAGUCACCCUACGAGAUUGUGUCGACAGAUUACGUGACCUUUUCGUGCGUCCACUCGUGCCUCGAGUAUUUCGGCUUCAAGGCCGAGUUCCUCUGGGUCCUUGGAAGGACCCCUCACAUCCCACGCGAGUACAUUACGCACUGCCGCGAAGCCCUGGCCGAAUUUGGAGUCGACCCGGACAAACUUAUCGAUAUACCCCAAGGAGAGACCUGUCCGUACAUGAAAAAACUUGACGACAUAUUCGAAAAAAACCGUAGGCUGUUAAUUAGUCUAGGGGUGUUAGACGAGAACGCUCCCCCCUAUACCUACGUUCCUCCACCUCCAGUCGACGAGGAGAACGUAAACGAAAUGGAAGAAGAAGAGAAAGAAGAGCCGUCAAUAAUUGAAGAAGAAGAAGCAGAAAUGGAAAUAGAAAAGGAAGAAGCUGUAAUACCAGAAGAAGUAGAAGAGACAGAAGUUGAAACAGAAGUGGAAGAGAUGAUGCCGAAACCAGAUAUUCCGAUCAUAUUCCCGGGAAUGGAAGAGGAAACCAUCCUAGAAGAUCCCCUGGACGACAAAGAUCCUGACAUCAACAACAGCUCCGCGCCUUGCAAGACGAGCAACAUCGCCAUUCCACUCUUCGUCUUGGUGGCUGUCCUGUUGCCGGCUAUUCCCCGAUAAUUGUCCCGCUGGAACCACCAGGUUUUAGAAGGCUAUUAAUCACCGUCCUCUGAAUCUUUAGCUAGGUCGUUGGAACAGCUGGUGUAUUUUUGAUAAAUUGAAUAUCUUGUGUUUCGACUACUAUGAUGUUCUGUAAAUCUUGGCAGGAUAAUUUUCCCAUAGCAACUUCAUGGAAAGUUAGAGCAAGUGCUUAAGUCUUCGUUGUAAUAUUAUCUAAUAUACAAUAAUAAUAUACAAGAUAAGCAACGAACAUUCGGCUACCUUUCCAAGGGUUUAUUUCUGUCGAAAACGUAACUAUGUCUUUUGAGAUUUAUUUCGCCAAAAAGGGAAUGUCUGUAAUCAGUAACUUCUGUAGAAAAACUGUCGGAAAUCAAUCAGUAACUGGUACUGAAUCAUGAAAAUACAAUAUCAUUGUGCGUG